CAGACUUGCGCGUCGCGUCAAGCCCAAGGCUGCACUUACUUACGACCACGCCAGACCAUGUCCCGGACAUCUUACGACAGAUAUCUUACAGUCUUCUCCCCUGAGGGACGGCUGUACCAAGUCGAAUAUGCAUUCAAAGCGAUCUCUGGCUCAGGGCACACCUCGAUCUCCGUCAGGGGCAAGGAUACUACCGUGGUCAUCACUCAGAAGAAAGUCCCAGACAAGCUCCUCGAUUCCUCUACUGUCACCCAUUUAUUCAGCUUGACGCCUACGAUCGGAUGUGUUAUGACUGGUCUGCUCGCCGACGCAAAGUCACAGGUAAUGCGCGCACAGAUGGAGGCAGCAGACUUCAGGUACAAGUACGGAUAUGAGAUAACGCCAGAUGCUCUCGCACGUCGCCUAUCGAACAUUAACCAGGUGUACACCCAACGUGCAGGCAUGCGGCCUCUUGGUAUCGCCAUGAUCCUUAUUGGAAUCGAUCCUGAGCACGGACCUCAAGUUUUCAAGCUCGAUCCUGCUGGCUACUUUGUCGGGUUCCACGCCACCGCUGCUGGCCAGAAGCAGCAAGAGGCGAUGAACCAUCUGGAGAAGAAGUGGAAGAAGCUGGAUAACGGAGGUGGCGCAGAUGAUGCCGAGAAGGCAGGAAAGAAGCUGGGAUACGCCGAGGUCAUCGAGAUUGCAAUUGAAGCAAUGUCGACGGUCCAUGCCACCGACUACAAAGCAGGUGAGAUCGAGAUAGGCAUCGCCUCGACGGCAGAGGACGAGAACCCAAAAACGCGGGGCUUGUGGCGCGUCAUGAACGAGGUCGAGGUGGAGAAGCACUUGUUAGCUUAUGCCGAGAAGGAUUGAUCACAAUACCGUGUACAACAAUUGCAUCAUAUUCUAUUCCAUUUCCACGCUUGCACGAGAAUAAUUAUAGUAGCGUCCAAAGCGCAAACAUAUAGAGCGGUGGCAGCAACAAGCCUCACAGCGCCAGUCUAGUAUAACGAAGCACCUCCGCUGGUGAUGGCCUCUAUUUCCUCCUCUGACUGUGGCACCUUGUUUCUGUAAUUCCAGAAGCGCGGUGGUGCCU